AUGACUUCUUCAAAUCUUCCUUAUGCCGCUGAUGCUGAAAGCCCGCUAAAACCAGCGGAGCUUCAGGUCCUGCGUGCACAGUAUGAAAAGGAGGGCGACUACGUCGGUGUUCAAACCAAAUUCAAUUACGCCUGGGGUCUAAUCAAAUCCAACUCUCGAACCGAACAGCAAGAAGGUGUCCGUUUACUAUCGGAAAUCUUCCGUGCUCACCCCGAACGACGUCGCGAAUGCCUCUUUUAUCUGGCGCUGGGCAACUACAAACUAGGCAACUAUGGGGAGGCCCGUCGCUACAACGACCUUCUCAUUGACAAGGAGCCGGGAAAUCUGCAGGCGGCCAGUCUACGGACAUUGAUCGAUGAUAAGGUGUCUCGCGAAGGAAUGGUGGGGAUCGCUAUCGUCGGAGGGCUGGCCCUCGCUGCCGGAGUAGUAGGUGGAGUGCUGUUCCGUGGACAGCGACGAUAA